AAAGCCAGUAUGGAUUAUUUGAUAUCCUGCCUCAACCCCACUCCUGUCCAACAAGCAGAAGAAUGCAGUAAUUCUGUAGCCCAUCAAAGCAAGGCAGGGGGUUACGUAAUGGCAUCCCUGGCGCUGGGAACGGUGUCUGGCACACUGUGGGUGGUCAGUGGGUGUGAGAGAUAACAGGGAACAUUUACAUCUUGGCACUCCUUCCUGAGAGCUGCAGGUGCCUGUCUGCCCUGUUAGAUCAGUACAGACUAGAGUUGCCCAGGAGAGACCAGAGACAUAUUUCCUACAGUUUGCUUGCCAAAGUUAAAUUGUAUUUCAUGUGUUUUCUGGUUCCCAGUGGUUGCCAGGAAACUGAGGAAAUGAGGGGAAGGGGUUGAGAGCCAGCUCACUGGUCUUUUGUGGCCUCGGAGCCCUGAUGUCCAGUCCCAUCUGUCUGGUAGCUCAGCCUGUUUUGUGAGGGCGUGGGUCCAGACCCCCGUGGAGACCACCACGCUGCAUCAGCCUUUUGUUUUCUCAGCAAUAAAGUUGGGCUCUGCCAUUACGUGAGCCUCCAGUAAUGGCUCAGCCUGCUUGGCCCUAUUCAUUUUCUUGUCAGGAAAGUCGAUGUGACCUUGACCAUCAGCUAUGAUCUACAGCAGGCACACGGUGUCUGGUUGGAGUCUAACGGUCAGGGAGCAAGUGUGGCACCUUACUGUGCUCGGUGCUGUGCACUGCUGAUUUUCCUCCUAGGUGGGUUGGAGAUGGCCAUUUGCAGAAAUCCUUUUUGGCUUACAGGGGUCAUGCCCAGCAGUGUCACUGUCUUGGAGGCCUUUGGUAAGGAUCACUGAGGGAGAAGAAUCGCAGGAAAUUAGACAAAGAUGAACCAUGUGGACUCUUGAGGGAGACGUAGUGGAUUUGAAGUCCAAGUUACUAAAAAGUGACUUUGUUCCCUUUUAAAACUGUGGUAGAGUCGGUGCUGAGCUGGGGAUGUGGUGUAGCCCAGCCGGAGAGCCCUUGUCAAGGAUGGUGGGGGCAGCAUGAGUUCAAUCUCAGAUCACACACACACCCAGUGGAGUUAUUUCUGCAAAUCCACACCCAAAUGUGGAGCUCGUGAGCUGGCUUUGGUGUGGGAUUCAGAUCGGGGGAGUGCUCCUGAUGGUGCUCCACAGGACGAUCAGGACACUGACCCCCCUCCUACCCCAGGGGCUGUGUUUCUUUGGCAAAGUUUGCUGGUUGUCUCUGAGAACCAAACUUAGGUCAAAUCUAAGGGAGCGAAGCUUUUCUGAACCGAGUUGGUUUAAAUAUAGCUGCUGUGAAGUAGUGGUCGACUGGAGGGCGUGGCGGGACCUGCCGUACCCUUUGUAAGGCAAGUGAGGAAAGAUGCUGGCGCCUGGACGUAGGCACCCAGUUUGUUUAUGAAACAUAAAGUCCCCUGUGCAGCAGGGAGCCCAGAGCGGCAGCCAAGCUUACUACCUGAGCUGGGAGAGACGCCUCUCCAGGCCCCUUCUGCAUUUGCCUCUUCCCCGAGAAGUUGGGGGCACCCAGCUAUUGUUUCUUGAGCAUUGCCACUGAUUGCCAGGGUGAAGAAAAGUUUCUUCGAAACCUGACAGUCGCCAGGCUCGAAUUUCUUUCCUGAGGAGAAACAGUACCUCGGGAUCUAGUCCUUAGGCAGAGAAGCUCAGCUCCCUUUAGUUUCCCCAGACUUGAUUUUGUCGGUCCGAGCAGGGAGAGCCUUCAAGCCCCGCUCUAGGUUGGUGCUGGCAUCAUGGCUUCACUCACUGCACAUCCUCCGUGUUCCUCAGCAGCUGUCUGAAGUUUUCUCUGCUAUGCCUGAACUGAUGUCAUUUCCCCCUUGGCAGACAGCUUGGGCUGUGCUGCGUCUGAGCUAUGUCACGAGAAGGUGGGGGUGGGUCGGGGCCAGGCGGGGGGAGUAGUGAGGAGAGCCGGCGGCCUGCUGGGUCCCAGGACUCUGUUUACUUUUCUCUUCUUUGCUCUGGAAGACCAGGGAACUGAGAGCACCGAGCUGAGCAGCUGGCCCUCCACGGGCCAUGCUCACUCGAAGACCUUAAAGACCUUAACUUUCAAGAGCCCUUUGUUGCUAGCGUUAGAGGACGAUGCUCCUGCAGGAUGCCUUUCCUUUGGGGGCUUAGACAGGAUAAGGAAGCCUGUGUGGGCACCAACAAUCAAAGCUACAUCUGUGACACGGGACACUGCUGUGGACAGGCUCAGUGCUGCAGCCACUACUAUGAACUCUGGUGGUUCUGGCUGGUGUGGACCAUCAUCAUCAUCCUGAGCUGCUGCUGUGUCUGCCACCACCGCAGAGCCAAGCACCGCCUUCAGGCCCAGCAGCGGCAACAUGAAAUCAACCUGAUCGCCUACCGGGAAGCCCACAAUUACUCAGCAUUGCCGUUUUACUUCAGGUUUUUGCCAAACUAUUUACUACCUCCUUAUGAGGAAGUGGUGAACCGACCUCCGACUCCUCCCCCACCGUACAGUGCCUUCCAGCUACAACAGCAGCAGCUGCUGCCUCCCCAGGGUGGCCCUGCAGGCGGCAGCCCCCCAGGCGCUGACCAGCCCCAGGGCUCCCAGGGAGCACAGAGCAGUCCUUUGUCUGGACCGAGCAGAAGCAGCACUAGACCCCCAAGUGUCGCAGAUCCUCAGUCCCUCGAAGUGCCCACUGAACGGGCAGCCACCAAAGCCCUUGGAAUGGAGUCCAGUAGCUCUGUGGCCAGCCAUGGGGAGCUGGACCCCGGGGCCUUCCUGGACAGGGAUUCAGAGUGUAAGGAGGAGCUCCUGAAAGAUUCAAGUUCUGAGCAUGGCGGUGCACCCCCCGACAGCAAGGACAAGACACCGGGCAGGCAUCGCCGCUUCACAGGUGACUCGGGCAUUGAGGUGUGUGUGUGCAACCGGGGCCACCACGAUGAUGACCUCAAAGAGUUUAACACACUCAUAGAUGAUGCUCUGGAUGGGCCCCUGGACUUCUGUGACAGUUGUCAUGUACGGCCUCCUGUUGACGAAGAGGAAGGGCUCUGCCUGUCCUCUGAGGGGCAGGCUCGAGAGCAUGGGCACCCCCACCUGCCACGGCCGCCUGCGUGCCUGCUGCUAAACACCAUCAACGAACAGGACUCCCCAAACUCGCAGCGCAGCAGCUCCCCCAGCUAGAACAGGCCUGCCUGCACCCCAGAGCUUGACAGCAACCAGGGUUGGGGACACCCACAAGAGAAGCAUUAAGUCAUUUGUAGGGGUGGUCCAGCCACUUUGUCCUUUUAUUUUCUUCUUCCCCUCCUGUCCCACCUUGCCCACAUCUCCAGGUACAAAUUCAGGGUGUGGACGCCUCCUCUCCCCACAAAAGCACAGUGUUCUAGAAGAUGGAGAAGCUGACUUGUUCCGCACCCCCCCUUUCCAGAGCUGUGUCUCACCUACCUGCUUGGCUGAGAAACGUGUGUUUGGAAAAUCCCCGAGGACUGGGGCUGGACUGUGCCCUAAGACGGUUCUCGGUGAUGGAGUGGAUUCAUAAGAGAACUGUCUCCGUCUGGGAGAGACAGUUAUCUUGGCCCUGGGUGAAGAAGGAAACCCUCUGGGGCCUGGGGAUUGUGGCCACCACUGGCUACAGAGCUGGCACUGGUCUAAUCCUGUGGGAGGGUGAGCGCUAGUGGACAGGGUGGUGAGGGACUUGUUGAUUUGACAAGCCCUAGGCGGAAAGUACACAUCUGUGCAUUGUGGAGGGGACCCUUCCCGGCAGGCUUUGGCCAGCUUCAGCCUGGUUCAGGUGUAGAAGAUUAUAUUGUUCUCUGUGUUUUCCUUUAAAAACAAGUAACAAAGGCUAGCUGGACACAAGAACAGAUUGGUGGGUAGGCAGGAACUCUUGUCUGCACAAGGGAAUUCUGCUGCUCCUCCCCAGGCUGAGUUCCCAAGAGUCUAACUAUUGCUGGGCCAGGAGGAGAGAGUCUGAACAGGCCAUCCUGGGGCCUCUCUGUGAGUGGAGACCUGAAGACUGGUAGAGAUCAUAGCCUCUUUCACUUCUGCCCUUUGUCCAUGCCCACAGUUGAUCAGUGGCCCCGGUCCCUCCUGAACACAGCCUGUAGUCUCUGUCUCCCUGUCCUCUGUAAGCAGAUGGACUGAGGAAGUUGUGUGUUCAGGAUGAAGCAGCCUCCUAGCCUGGCUCUCACACAGUAUUUCCUGUUGCGUUUGACUAAGUCUGUUGCUUGUGUACCUGUUUGUCUUAAACUGACCACUUAGAAGGAACACCUUGGUUACCUGUGGUUCUCAUGGCUGCCUUGCCCCUAGCCUGUUGGAGAAGCAUGACUCACUUUCCUGUACAGCCUGUGCAGAGUCACCUGGGUGGGAGUCAACAUCCGCUUCCAGCAGACCUCGGGGCCUGCUUACUGUCAUCUGGCCCUGGAGCACAGAAGCCACUGAGACGAACAUUCCCCACCCAGCCCUGCUCAUGCAAAGAGUUGGGUUUCUCCCCUGCUCUUGAAUGACGAGGCAUAGAGUUGGCACUGCCAUUAUGGUAAGAAAGAAAAAAAAAAAAGGAAGAAAAACCAAGUCCAUAUGUAAACACAAACAGAUCCAAGGCGAAUGCGUGUCUGCGUUUGGAUGUCACAAACCAAAAUCCUUGUCGAACAAAAGUGAAGUCUGCACAGUGAUGUUGGAUGGCGUGUGUGUGUGUGUGUGUGUGUGUGUGUGUGUGUGUGUGUGUGGUAUGUGGCCCCGAGCCCUGUGUUCCUGUGAAGAUACUUUGAAUGGCCAUUCUGCUCACAUUAACCACAUGCCUGGAGCACAUAUGGCCCUCUCAAGGUAAUUUAUUUUACACAUUUACUGUUUACUGAACAAUCGUCUGACCGUACUCGGGUGUAUUCGGCAGUCUUGUCGACGGCAUUGCCUGUGUUUGCCGGGGACGCUGCCCUCCAGGGAGAGGCUUCUUACUCAGCCCACCACUGCAGUUUGCACAUUGCUCCACGGACUCAGAGGCCUACAUUCUGUUCCCUGUGCGUGGAAACAUUGGGAACCAGUCUCCCUCCCUCUGCUGCUUUCAGACAGAAGUUCGAUUGAGUCUUGAGUGACAAGCAUGGAUGGGUCGUGGCCCAGACAUCGCCCUGCCUAGGAUUACCAGGAGUCUCUGGCAGAGACCUUGGCGCCACGUUCGCACCUCAUCCACCAAGGUCCAGAGAGAGAAGAGAGGGAGCUGGUGGGUGGUCAGAGGGGCCCGAGCCACGGCCCUCCCACACCUUUCCGGCUACUUUCUUGGUAAAAUGCCAGACACCUCACUGAUGUGUGUCGGAGGAGUGAGUUUUCCCAAAACCAACCCCUCUUUAGUUAACUGGUGGUGAGGUGGGACCCUCUCGAGUCUCUUCCCCUUGGCAGAGUGAGGAGCUGGCCCGAGUGCUGAAGCUUUACUGAAGCACCCACCAUGAUGACGGAGCCAGUCUGGCCCCUGCUGUUUCAGCCACCUUGAUGCUCAGAGAGAGCACAGGAAAUAGUGAGUCAGGGGCCAGGGAGACUUGACUGAGUUGGGUUUCCAGGUUGGAGGGGUUAGGCAGAAGGCUUGGUGCUACGGUCAGAUUUGCAGCCGCUAACACAUUCCUGCGUGAGGCCCACCACCGUCUGUCAGUCAUCGUGACUAUGUGUAUCUUAAGCAAUAAGAUUCAGGCUGCCCUGGGCAGUCUGCGCGACGAUACCCUGUGCUGUGAUUGUCCGGAAGACAGAGUGGCUCCAACCACUGUGAGAAACCCCAAUAAAAUCCGUCUCAAGUGUUGUA